AUGCCCCCAAAAGCACGCCGGUCCCAGACUCCCAACGCCCAGCCAAUCCCUACCCGCAGCCCCGUCCCAACUGUCCUGCCGCCUGGCACCUGCAAGUACCUCGUUGACCAGGAGCCCUCGACACAGGAUCUAUUGUCCGCUGUCCGUGUCCGACUUGGGCACGAUAUACCUUUCAAAACGGCUGUUCUAUCUCACUCCGGGCGGGACUCACUCGUCCCCCCUCAUCUUCUUGGUAUGCAGGAUCUGAACGGUUCCGCCCAAAACGGCGGCAACGCAGCACGCUUCCACGGUCACGCCUCCAAGCCCUCCAACAGUGAUACUGGAUUUUCUCAUGGUGCCUUCACCUCAAAUGUCUCUGGAUUUGCCGAGAGACACCCCCGCCGCGGCAAUAUUCCCUCUCUUAACACGCAGGUGAAUCAGGGACUGGGCGGCAACGCUUCCGAUGUCGCUUCCCCCGGAACCGCUUUCGACAUGCAGUUUACGCCUCUUCUCCCCUCGCAACUCCUCAUGGGCAGCCCGUUCCAGCCCGGCAGCCCUGGUGCUUUUGGUAGCCCCCAGUUCCAGUCCCUUUCCGCUUUCCAAGGCCCUCAGCAGCCGCAUCAGGGCAACCAGCAGCACAGCGGCGGCAUGGCCAGCCCUACUCAGCAAAAUAUGUCUCCCCAGCAGUACCAUGCCAUGGUUUCGCCUUCUCAAUAUGGAGCGCCUCAGUUCUUCCCGCCUCAGUCUCCCACUGGUGGUUUCAACAUGCAGCAAUCUAUGCAACCUGGCUCCCCCGUGCCGAUGAACGGCCCCGCCCCCAGUGGAACAAGUCGAACCGUAUACCUGGGUAACAUCCCCCCUGACACAACUGCCGAAGAGAUCCUAGGCCACGUUCGCAGCGGCCAAAUCGAGUCGGUUCGACUGCUACCUGAUAAGAACUGCGCCUUCAUUUCCUUCCUCGAUGCCAGCUCUGCCACCCACUUCCACUCUGAUGCCAUCUUGAAAAAGCUCUGCAUCAAGGGUCAGGAUAUCAAGGUCGGUUGGGGAAAGGCUUCUCAGGUUCCCACAUCGGUCGCUCUCGCUGUUCAACAGUCUGGGGCUUCCCGGAACGUCUACUUGGGCAACUUGCCUGAAGAUGUGACUGACGCCGAGAUUCGCGAGGAUCUUGGCAAGUUCGGCCCUAUUGACACUGUCAAGCUUGUCCGCGAAAAGAGCAUCGCCUUUAUCCACUAUCUCUCUAUUGCCAACGCCAUCAAGGCCGUUACACAACUUCCCCAGGAGCCCAAGUGGCAAGCGCCACGCCGCGUCUAUUACGGCAAGGAUCGUUGUGCCUACGUUUCCAAGACGCAGCAGCAAAAUGCUGCCCAGUAUCUGGGAAUUGCUCCGGGCUAUGCUCACAUGCUCACUGGCGCCGACCGCGACGUGAUAUCUAACGCUCUCGCUCAGCAGUCGGUUGCUGCUGCCGCCGUCGCCACUACCGCUGGAGGAAUCAACAACUUGGGAAACCGCACCAUCUACCUGGGCAACAUUCACCCAGAGACUACAAUCGAAGAAAUUUGCAAUGUUGUUCGCGGCGGACUUUUGCACCAUAUUCGCUACAUUCCCGACAAGCACAUUUGCUUCGUUACCUUCAUCGACCCCACCGCCGCCGCCUCCUUUUACGCCCUGAGCAAUCUCCAGGGCCUCAUGAUUCAUAACCGACGACUCAAGAUUGGCUGGGGUAAGCACUCCGGUGCUCUGCCGCCUGCGAUUGCAUUGGCUGUCAGCGGCGGUGCUUCGCGUAAUGUCUACGUCGGCAACCUUGACGAAACUUGGACCGAGGAACGACUGCGCCAAGACUUUUCUGAGUAUGGUGAGAUCGAGCUGGUCAAUACGCUGCGCGAGAAGAGCUGCGCUUUCGUCAACUUCACCAACAUUGCCAAUGCUAUCAAGGCUAUAGAGGCCAUCCGUGGCAGAGAUGACUACAAAAAGUUCAAAGUCAACUUUGGCAAGGAUCGCUGCGGUAACCCACCUCGCCAGAUGCAGCAGAACGCUUCGCCACGUAGUGAUGCUGUCGGCUCUCCUCAGGCAGGUGGUUCCCAAACGGGAAGCUCUCCUUCAAACGACGGCAACCAACAGUCUGCUGCGCUGUUCAAUGCCAAUAACAACCCCCUCACCAUGUACCUGAGCCAGCUGUCACAGCAUGCCCAUCAACAGCAGAACCAGCAACAUUUACAGAUGGCUGCUCAGCAGAACGCCAUGUAUGGCGCAGUUCAAAAUUCUGGGCACGAGAUGGGUCUUGACAUGGCCCAGCCUCAGCUGGGCUCUCACGGCCAGUCGGCUAGCAUCUCCAAUGGCUACCCGACCAAUGCCGGCGUGUCCGGCUCGACAACGAUUGGUGGUCUUUUGGCUCCUGGCACCGGGCGCGGCUCACACAGCCGUGCUGUGAGCUUGCCUGCUUUUGGCCCUGGUUUUGAAAAUGGCGGCAACAGCCCCAAUAGCCUGCACGGUAGCAAUGGCAGUGAGGGCGAGCAGCAGCGACGCGGCCACCAGUAUCAGGCUAGCUACGGCGGUAUCGGUGGCAACGGCUUCGGCCUUGCCAUUCAGAGCGGCCUCAACGGCUGGGCCGAAGAAGAAGUGGCCAAUUAA